AUGGUGACUACUCGUAUACGACUACCUUGGUUGGUCGCUGAGCCAUCUCCAGGCGCAUCCACGCCAUCCACCUACGAUUCGACUCCUCCCAGCGAGCGAGACAUGCCUGCCACUCUACCUCGCAAAGAUCCUGCCUCCUAUGAGAGACUCGUCAAGGCACCUGUGAUCAGCGACUCGCCGGCAUCGUCAGCCAAAUCGCCCACCUGGCCAAUGGUCCCCCUCUCUGAGCUGGAUAUCCAGAUUCCAGUCCGGUCAUCCAGUCUGGCCUCGACGCCAUCUGAAGCACGCGUCUCAUCGCCCGACCCAUCCAACUUGGGAGUGUACAACGACGGCACUCUUUCUCGCAAGCCAACCGUUCGCAAUGCUGUGACGUUCCGUUCUCCAGACGUCUCCCCCAAGACUCUAUCACCGCCCUCAUCUUCGUCAACGGACAAGGACAGAAAGAACCUUGAGCGUGCCGUCACUGGUCUCCACAACCUGAUGGAAGAAGCUUUGACUGUUGCUCAUGAUGCCGCUCACAACAACAGGACUGAAGAUGUGGCCCAGAUCCUCGAUGAAGCCAAGAUUGCCCUUCGCAAGUCAAGCACCGUGCAUGGCUACAUGACCUCUCCGCUUCCCAUUGACGACGCCGAGAGUGAUGAGUACUUCUCCUCUGACGACUACGAUCAAGGUUCCGAUUCUGAUGCCGAUAUCGAGUCCAACGUGUCAUCUCUGCCGCCGAAAGAGGCCAUCUCGAAUGAUACCAUCCCGACAGCCUACACCAAGAGUAAGAGCGGCCUUUCUUUGAAGCCGGUUUCGACCACUCCAGUUGCCAGCGCCGCCCCUCGAUACUCGAUCAGGCAACAUUCUGUCGUGCACCCCAUUGUCAGUCCACCCUUUGAGCAAGACGGUAGACGACCAGCUUCACACCAAGGGGCGGUCCUGGUGUCAUCGUCAGAAGACUUCUCAAUGACUCAAACUCCACCUCAGAUGUACUCCAAAGCUGCUGCAGAGCCUGACACACAUGACUGGGCUUAUGUCAAGCGCCCUUCAACCCGUCGCGACCGUAGAGGCGGUUCGGAGCCUGGCAUGGCUAGCCAAGAUGAAACGGUUCUGCCGGCCUCUACCGGAGAAAGAGCCUUUGUCAUGCUGCCACCCCUCAUCUCGCAAGACGCAUCCGUGAGAACUCCAGAGCAGAUGCCAUACCAACCUCUUCGUAUCUCGAUGCCCAACGUGCCACUUCGUCGAUCUCUUCGACCUGUUCGUUCUGACCCUCAGCUGUCAAGUACACCUUCGCCACCACGUCAGCCGGCAACAUAUGCCGUCUAUGAUCCAAAGCACUAUGUCACUCCAGACUACCCAACCACCAAUUAUCCUGCCACGAGUCAGCCGGAGGCUUCAGGACUGCCUCCAGCUCCUGCCAAACAACGAAGGGAUGUAGUUGCACCUUUGCCUACAUCUACCCAGCCGAUCCAACCCGCCCAGCUUGCAUCUGGGCCUGGUCAACCUCCUCCAGCAAACGUCCCAUCUCCAGACUUGAGCUUGAAACAUCCACGCAAGAACCACAUCAGCUUGAGAGACGAGCAAGGUUUCCGCUUCCACAGAUAUCGUCGUUCACCCAUCGCCAGAGAAUGGAAGAUCGGCCGCAAACGCAUCACCGCCGUUGUUGCCUGUCUGAAUACCAUGCUUGUCGGAUUAAUUGCAGGUGUCUAUGCCGGCGAAGUACCCAAGAUUCAGUACAAGCUAGGAGAUGAGCAUCACCAUGUAAUAUUGGGAAACGUGCUGCUUUACGUUGGCAUGGGAAUCACUACACUCAUUUUCUGGCCAUUACCGCUUCUGCACGGACGCAGACCUUACACUCUGGCAGCACUUGCGGUCGCGAUCCCGCUCCAGUUUCCACAGUCAAUUGCAACAGCUUUUGCGAGAGGUCCUCAUCUGACAAAGGCUCUUGUUGGUCUGCUUGUUCCUCGCUUCUUUCUCGGAUUUGUUCUUGGCUUCGCGCACAUCAAUUUUCUGUCAACUCUGCUCGAUUUAUUCGGUGCAUCACUGCAAUCCCGAAACCCUCAUCAAGAGAUUGUCGUGUACGAUGAUGUCCGUCGUCAAGGCGGAGGUAUGGGGAUCUGGCUAGGCCUCUGGUCAUGGUGCUUCGUUGGAUCCCUUUCUCUUGGUUUCCUCAUCGGUGCUUCAAUUACGCAGCACCUUGCUCCGGCAUGGGGCUUCUACGUCGUGGUCAUAUUACUCUCCUUCUUCAUCUUGAUCAACGUCAUUGCACCCGAGACACGCCGCGCUCCUUAUCGACGAUCGGUCUUGAGGUAUAUGGACGAGGACGAAAAGCUCAAGAAACGUGUUGCACGUGGCGAGAUCAAGCUUCAUCUUGACCAAGACGGUCCCAAGUACUGGUGGGAGGAAGUCUGGGCUGGCAUGCGGCUCAUGGGCCAUAUGUUUUGCCAGUUCGGCUUUUUUGUACUCGCUGUGUACUUGGCUUGGAUCUAUGCCUUGGUUGUGCUCAUCACAUUGCUCCUGGGUGCAUUGCUUUCUCGUAACUACAGGUGGCAGCCUCAGUACAUCGGACUCGCAGUCUUUGCUGUCGCAGUGGGCGCAGCGCUCGCUGUCCCACUGACAAAGGCCAAUGUUUUCUCUCGCGACAGAGUUCAACCAACACGAACCGACAGUGGCACCUUCGAAGCACGUGUUACAUGGUCGUCACAUCUGCUCAGAAGAUGUCUGUUCACUUUCGCUCUGCCGAUCGCUGGUCUUGCGUACGUACUAGCCUCUCCUGGGCCCAUUGUGAAAGCAGCUGGCCCCACUGUUCUUGCUGCUAUCAUUGGCUUCCUUGCAUGCCUCGCCGUUGCUGAAUGCAUUGGUUUGGCAAUGGAGGCUUUCGACACUAGCGACCUUCAACCCGGAGUGAACAGCAAGCACCGUUUGCAAAGUAUGGAAAGCGCCACUCGAAGAAGACGCACGAACUAUUCGUCCUACCCACGUGUGUGUGCUGGUAUCUUCGCUGCUCAAGGUAUUGGAUUCUUCUUCGCAGCCGCUGCAACCGCAGUGAGUGGCAACAUGACCCGAGCUCUUGGAGCGCAAGCGGCCACUGGAGUCACAGUCGGCAUUUUGCUCGGCUUGACAAUGCUGUUGUCACUCGUCAUGUGGCGCUUCAGAUCUGUCCAAGUGAUCCCGAAUGGUGCCUUUGGGUCUCGUGGAGGAGGAAGCUUUGACACAAGAGCAGACCAGGACUGGAAGCCUGUGGUGAUUGGCAACCCUUCGGGAAAGAUGAGACGUAUGAACUUUCUCGAGAUGGGAUCAUUCAGCAGGUGGACCGAGAUUCGCAAGUUGAACAACUUAUCCGCAGACGACAAGAAGCGGUAUGUGGGGUGA